CUAUUUUCCUUAUGUUCUCGCCGUACAAACAGACGGUUUUAAAUAAUUGAUAGUCUGAGUAAAACUGUUAGAAGAAAAAGGUAGGUAGUUACUGAGACUGGCUGACGUCUGUCAGACACUCGGAAAGUCAUUGCUGAAAGAAUGGGAAGUUUAAUUCCUGCAUAAAUCUAGAAAGUAAAGGCAUUUGAACUCGUACUCUGAUAUUUUUGUUCUUGUGGUAAGCUAUUGAUUGAUUUAUCGUUUUACCACCUACACUUGGCUGCCGAGACAUAUGUAUCGGUCUAUGCGGUCAACUAUUUCACUACGUGCUCUUAUUUUGGGUCUUGACACAGACCAGUCUCAAACCAAGGUUUCAAAAUGGAUUUCCUGAAGUUCUAGUGAAAAGCCGUGACCAGUAGAGUCCAACCCACUGUUAGAUGUCGUUGGAUGACUUCUCAAAAGCCUUUGAUAGGGUGAACCAUAUAUUUCUUAUCAAUAAGCUAAAAAGAUUGGGUAUCAAAUCGCCUUUAAUUGAUUGGAUUACCUUAUGUUUAAGAGAUCGGUAUUUUAAAGCCAGGGUUAACUUCACUUUCCCCCAGGAUAUAUGAUGUCCUAGUGGGGUCUCCCAAGGGUUCAGUACUAGGGCUUCUUCAUUUCUUAAUUUAUAUAAAUGAUGUUCCAGAACAGGUAUCAUAUGAUUUAUUGAUUUUCGCUUGGUAUGUGAAACUUUGGGGAGAGAUAUGCAACGAAGAGGAUAUAUUGGCACCUAAACGAAAGCUGCCUCUACUCCGUGCACAAACAUUUGAACCACUUGAACCAUUUUGUUUCCAUAAGAACUGCCUAUGGUGGGAACCCGUUCAAUGCCUAAGAAUAGUUAAACAAAGAAUUGCUUGAACCGCCAAAUAAUAAACAACUACAAGACAUCUUGUUUACUAACAUUCUCUAGGGUGGAAUAUUAUAUGUAAACAGGCUUUAAAAAGCCCAUUUUUGUUAAAAAUCUGACAAUGCUUUAUCCGUAACUUGACAAACACCAUGUUUCUCUCGCUGGAGUUUAGAAUGAUGCAGAUGAACACGUUAAAAAUGACAUAAAAUUCACUGAGAUCGUGAUCAACUACUAUAUCAAACUAUUAUCUACCGAGAUAAAUACUGUAUAAAAUGUAUACAAAUUGUGAAAAUUGACGUGAGAUAGUAAGAAUUUUGUCAACAGAAAGAAACAACACGCUGAAGUGCCCGAAAACACACAGCGCGUGCACGAAAACCUGGAGCUUCAUUUAUUUUUCAUGCUGUUCUGCUUACAUGCCAUAUUCUUCACUAUCGAGUAUUCACUGAUUACAGUUUGUAUGAUUCUAUUUUAGAUUACUCCUGAACUUCAGUAAACGCUAGCCACACGUGUUUCACAAAAUAUCCACUUUCAAAGCCGUCAGAAAACAAAACCUGAAACAAAUUCAAGCAGAAAAUCGAACUCGUUUGGUUAUUCACUUGACAAGACUAUUUAUUCUUCAGAGUCCUCAACGAGCAUUUUGCUUACAAAACAAAAAAAGAAACUAAGCAGUUUGAAUAGCUGAAAUAUGCUAGCCGCAUCAGAUCCUAGGAGACCCAAUAAACUUCGAAGAUUCGUUCCAUUGUCACAGGAUGCACCUCCACUAGAUCAAACUAUAGACUAUCUAAAUUUUUUCGGAAUAGUCUUAAGCAUGUGCGGACUGCUGUUUGAAAUGAAGUUCGCUGCUUGGUUAGCCGUCGUUUGUGCUUUCAUAACGUAUGCCAAUUCAAGAACUGGGGAAGAUACAAAACAGUUGAUCAGUGGCUUCAUGUUGUCCAUUAGCGCACUUAUAAUAUUCAAUAAGCGUGUUAUAUAUGUUGGGGGACUAUCAGAGCAAGUUGAUGUACCUCUUGUUCGUGCGGCGUUUAUCCCUUUUGGAGACAUAGUUAGUAUUAAUAUGCCCAUGGACUAUCAAACUGAAAAACACAGAGGUUUCGCUUUUGUUGAAUUCGAAGAAGUUGAAGAUGCUAUGAGUGCCAUUGAUAAUAUGAAUGAAAAUGAAAUAUUCGGGCGUACCAUUCGUGUUAAUGUGGCAAGACCAGUACGCAUACGGGAGGGUUGGAGUCGACCUGUCUGGUCGGACGAGAAUUGGCUAAAGAAAUAUGGCAGUGCUCCACUAGAAGGCAGAAAACUGGAUGAACCUGAUAUCGUCAACCCAUCUGAUACUUCAGAAAAUGUUGAAGACUUGAGUGACGAGGAAAUGCGAACCAAAAAACAAAAACGAAAUCUUCCUCGGGUAUUCUUCGAUAUUCGUAUUGGAAAUGGAGAUGCUGGUCGUAUAGUGAUGGAACUUCGCUCAGAUAUUGUCCCGAGAACUGCUGAAAACUUCCGUGCCCUGUGUACAGGAGAACGUGGAUUCGGUUAUCACAAUUGUUGUUUCCAUCGAGUUAUACCACAAUUCAUGUGUCAAGGAGGCGAUUUUGUAAAAGGAGAUGGGACCGGUGGCAAAUCAAUAUAUGGACGUAAAUUCGAUGAUGAAAACUUCCAACUCCGACAUGAAGGGUUCGGUGUUCUUUCCAUGGCGAAUUCUGGACCAAAUACAAAUGGAUCUCAGUUCUUUAUUUGCACAACAAAAUGUGAUUGGCUUGAUGGCAAACAUGUUGUUUUUGGUCGAGUAGUGGAUGGACAAAAUGUCGUUAAAAAGAUGGAGUCCGUUGGAUCGAAAUCUGGUAAGGUCAAAGAACCCGUUAUUAUUUCUCGAUGUGGAGAGUUAAUUUAA